ACCUUGACAACGAUAAACCGAAAAAUAGGAGAAAGAAAAAUGAAAGCAGUACAAACUGAACUUUGACAAAGAACGGAAGCAAAACAAAGAAAGCGAGGGCGUCGUAAACAACUUUCGAUUUUUUUUCUUGGAAAUGGGCUUCAAGGGCAACUUUCCGCAGAUGGUCCGUGGAACGGGCUUCAAGCUGCGACAAUAUCGAGAUGGUCCCCUGGACUGGAGGCUAAUGGGUUCUUAUGAAACCGAGCGCAUUCUCAGGGAACAGAACUUUGAGCUGGUUGAUAAGGCCCUGACCCACCUCUCGGAGGCUCCGCUAGGCACUGUGCUGGAGACGCACAUCCUUGACAGCGGCAUUGCCAAGUAUUUUGUAAUGUCACAGUAUGCCAUUCAGUAUCUGCUCUGUUGUCGCACCUACCUGGACGAGUGUGUCACGGACUUGAAGGAGGCUCACACGACGGCCCAGCAGGAGAUAGCCACUCUGAGGAAGUCCCUCGGUGAGUCCCACAACGAGGUGGUACAGCUGCACAAACGGAUCACCCAGAUCGAGGCCAUCCGCGAGGUGGUCUAUCCCUGUCACCUCUGUCCCAAGAACUUUAUUAGCAACGAGGCGCUGAAUGUCCACAUCGGUCGGAAGCAUCGCGUUGCUUCGCCUCCAAGUCUUGCCUCCGGUCAGGGAAAAGACAAGGAGAAAGAUAAGGAUAAAGACACCGAUCUGCAUCUGAUCAACACCAUCAAAAUGGAGCUAGAGAUAAAGCAGCUGAAAGAGCGUCUGAAUGCUGCCGAGCGGAACAUCAGGGAGCGGGGAACAGGAUCGAAGCGGGCGAGUCCUCGCCAGGAGCAGCGCUCCAUUGGCAUUCAGAGUAAUCUGGCGGAGGCCAAGGAAAAGGACGAGGGCAGCGGGGAACAGAUGCACGACAGCGAAGCCACAGAGAGAAAGGAGCAGAUGACAGGAUUGGCAGAGCGACUCAAAAAUUUCGAGGAGUGGCAGCAACAGUUAAAGCAAAGCAACGAGAACUUCAUCAAGGACAUCAAUCAGAGGCUGGAAGUAUUGAGUCGAGCGCUUGAGCAGAGCAAACAGGCGUCAGCUAGCACACCGCCACUAGAAGAUCGAGUAGCCACGCCCUGUCUGGAGGAUUUGGAGCGCAUCCUCACCGAAAAGGUGGCGGAGAUUGGCAAGGUCAGUGCUCACAAGCUGGAAGAGGUGGUCUACCACAUGGAAAUGGGAUACAGGGAAAAGCUUGAGGCUCUCGAACGUGAGCUCAAACAGUUGAUUUCACAAACUAAGGAACAGCCUCAUCAUGUCCAGGCUCUGCCAGCUGCAUCAAAAAUACCCAAGCCCGUGACCCGAAAAGAAGAAACCAAUAUGGAUCGCAUCCGUAAGCAAGUGGAGAGCGAGUUCCUCAAGAAGAAAAGAGACGAUGACACCUACUCAAUUGAAGAGGCGCCGCGGGAGAAGACUAUCUCCCAGCUUGUCAGCCAAGUCCAAGUUCAUGCGGUGGAGAAGGAGCAGCCAAGUGCAGGUAGUUCCGGAAGUAAUCCAACCUACACAAAACCGUCCGUCGAGCCGAUUUCCAGCAAAUUGGAAACCAAAGAAGCCACGGACAUAAGCGACAGUCUAAGCCCUGAGGAGGCUGGACAGGAGGAGGAUCAGAGUCUGACGGAGGAAGAGGACACCGAAGCGUCGACGUCCGAGUCAGAGGCACCCAGAAAAGACGACAAAGCUACACCUAGCAGGCCUCCUGAAAGGGCAAUUAAAACGCCGCUAAAACCUCUUACCCGAAAGGAUGCCCGGAAACUGGUCAACCGGAAAUUGAUGCCGCACGGCUUUGAUAUGAAGUCUAAGGGGAUUUCCCACACCUCACUGAAGCGAGUCAAUUCUGAGGUAGCCGAGCAUCGCAACAAGCUGAAAUUGAAAUAUCCUCAUUUCUAUGCCACCCGGAAUCGCAUUCGAAAAUUCGUGGGUAAACUUUGCUCCGCCAAGUUCCCCGAACGUGCCCAGGUGCUUCUCAAGCACAAGACCCCGCUGAAACCCAUCGAGGUACCCAAGAAAAGGAUCCCACAAUCGACCCCAUUGGAGAGGUCGGAGGAGGAUGCAGCUUCCACCCAAAGCGAAGAUCAGGAGGAUGAACUGUCCCAAGGCAGCGAAGAGUCCCAAUCACGUAGUUCUAGUCCUCAGCCUCAGGUUAGUCGGGACUUCAAGGCCCGGCUGGAGGAAAUUUUGGUCAAGCCGGCGGCCACAGUCCGAGGAGGAGCAACUAAGUCUGCUAUAAACUCUCGGCCAGUUCCUCUGCCCAGAAAGCGCGUCAUGUUUAAUACACUGAACAGCGGGAAGAACUUUAAUGACAGCGAUGAUAAUUUAAAAUAA